CAAUGCCACAAAUAAUAGCCAACGCGGGUUGCCUUUGCAUGGAAAUAAGUUAUCCAAAAGUCAAGCUUCUCUAAAAAAUUUCAAAUGCCUCAAAUAAUAGCCAACGUGGGUUGCUUCUGCAUUGAAGUAAGUUAGCACGCCGACAACUCCUCAAAUUAUAUAUAGAGUUCAAUUCCUUGUAUGGUUUCAUACCAUGUGCUCUUUUUUAAUUAAAAAGGGAAAAAGAUAUGGAGAAAGGCAAGUCGCAACAUGCAGAUGCUACUGUGUUAGAGCCUAAAGCUAAGAAGCACUUUGUGCUUAUUCAUACGAUAGGUCAUGGAGCCUGGUCCUGGUACAAGAUUGUAGCAUUGAUGAGAUCUUCUGGACAUAAUGUUACAGCUCUUGAUUUGGGUGCUUCAGGAAUCAACCCGAAACAGGCCCUCCAAAUCCCAUUUUUUUCUGAUUACUUGAGUCCGCUAAUGGAUUUCAUGACUUCACUUCCUGCUGAUGAAAAAGUAGUUCUUGUAGGCCAUAGCCUAAAUGGAAUCGUCAUUUCUAAAGCCAUGGAAACCUUCCCAGAAAAGAUUUCAGUUGCUGUAUUUCUCAGUGGUGUAAUGCCUGGUCCAAAUAUCAAUGCAUCCACCCUCUACACUCAGACACUCAAUGCAGUAAUAACUCAUCUGGAUAAUCGCGUUACAUACGAUCAUGGACCUACGAAUCCUCCAACCUCCCUCAUCCUAGGUCCGAAGUACUUGGCAACUAAUAUUUACCAUUUGAGCCCAAUUGAGGAUUUGGCGUUGGCCACUACACUAGUUAGGCCAUUCUAUUUAUACCAUGUGGAAGACGUUGCUAAGGAGAUAGUUCUUUCAAGGGAAAGGUAUGGAUCAGUUAGACGAGUGUUCAUUCUGGUUGCUGAAAAUAAAGGUCUGAAGAAGGACUUUCAACAGUUGAUGAUUGAAAAGAAUCCACCAGAUGAAGUUAAAGAGAUCCAGGGCUCUGACCACGUGACCAUGAUGUCUAAGCCCCAACAACUUUUUUCUACUCUUCUGAGGAUUGCCAACAAGUAUAGCUAAUUAAGAGCUGUUGAUUAAGAAGAGUAAGUGUAAGCUGAGGCUGGGAACACAACUUCAGUCAAUUCACAUAGCUGAUGCAUUUUAUAUGGCCAUAUUAGUUCUUUCAGUCAUUUUCUUUCGAUUGUUAUUUUCUUUCGUUGUAAUUUCAGUGUUUGGAAUCAGCAUCAAUAAACAACCUCUAUUUCCUGAAAUUACUGAAUUUUAGUUGAGGUGGGCUGAUAAAUCUCUUCCUCUAUUGAAAUGAUGAAUGAUGAAACGUCCAAAACAGUAUUCAAUA